AUGGAGGAGACGGCAGUGCAGCAGGAUAAAAUGGAGGGAUCAUGGGAAGGAGGGACGGAUGGAGAGAAGACGGAAUGGAAGAAGAACGAGUGCUCGCUGUCCUCGCUGCUCAAACACUCCUGUCUCCUCUGCUGGUCCUCUCCCAGAGAAACAGACGCCAUGGAGAUGGAUGAGAGGGUCGUAGCCAAGGCAGCCGAGAUCAGAGAGCUGGAGAACGCCGUGGCGGUGGAGCACCUGGAGCUUCAGGAGCAGCAGUCGGACCGCAAGGAGCUGGAGGAGACUCUGGUCAAAUUAGACAAACACAAAGAUAAGCUGAUUCAGCAGAUUAAAACAACCAGACAGCUGUGCUACGAGGAGAGCCAGAAGAUCCUGUCCCUGCAGACGGAGGAGGUACAGAAGGAGAACCAGGUGGAGGAGUACGAGCGGGAACUAGCCCGAGCAAGGUGGAGGCUGAGGAGGCUCAGAGAGGAGGUGAAGCAGGCCAAGAGGAAGGUGGAGGAGGCUGGAGAGAGGAACACUCCUCUGCAGGACUCCAUUAGACAGUCCUAUGAAGAGAUCCUGCAGGAGGAGAACACUCUGUGCUCCCUGUCAGGAGGUGCUGUGACUCCAGAGAGCCAGCUGGAGGAGUCUACGUCUCCAGCAGACACCACCGAGGAUGAUCCACUUCCUCUGAAGCCGUGGGGAAGGAGCCAAUCACUGCCGGCCUAUGCUGACCUCAUCAUGCGGGCCAGUGGCUCAUCAUUCUGCAAUAAUCUUGUUGGUACCCGAGAAGAAGCCGAUGACAGUGGGACGAGCUCUACUAAGAUGGACAGAUCUGACCUUGAGGAAGACGACCCUGAUGACGGGGAGGCUUUUGACGACCAGGACAAAGACAGAGAGAAGGAAGAGACCGGUCUCAACCCCAACCCUGUCAGUCAGCUGGACUUCUACCAGGCUGACCCCUUCGCUCACUGUCAGAGUGACCACGACCUCUUCAAUGAGGACCUGUUCCCUAAAACUGAUUCAUCUGACGGAUUCGCCUCUGACCCCUUCAAAGGCAGCGACCCCUUUGCAGCAGAUGUUUUGUUCCCGGAGGCGAACGUCGGAGCCAAUGACGGGGCUGGAAAUGGUGGAGAUGAGGCGGACACCAGUCUGUCCUGUGCUGAAAACAAAGCCUCAACGGGAACGCAGUGCUUCGAGUCUGAGUUCCCCGAUGAAGACAGUGACAUCGAGAUCAGCUACAGCCGGGAGGACCUGGAUGCCAUCGGCGUGGCUGAGGAUUCUCGUGGAUUUAAACCCAUCCAGAGUUCAUCAGAGGAGCUAGGGCCAGAGCCCAUCCGGGGCUGGAGGUCUCAGGGUCAGUACUCUGUGGAAUCAGAUCCUAAUGGAUACGAGCUGGACCUCGGAGCUGUCUCCCCUCCCUCUGAUAUCGAAGAACACAGUCUGGGAUCUUUGGCUGGAGAGACUACAGCAGGGGCAGCGGGGCCACAGGAGCGAGGUCUGUGCCCUGGUUCAGCUCAGGACCACGGUCAAGGUGUCCUGUCAGAAGCAGAUUGGGUAACGGAAAGUGGAGUGCAGAAACAGUCAGCUGAUGUGGUCUCCAGCCUGGUGGCAGCCUCGGACAACGGCUUAGUCGAAGAAAGGCGAGACCCAGCAACCCCUCAGAACUCUGUUGACUGUGGGAACCAUCCAGACUCGGAUCAGAACAAAGAACUGAGUUUUGAGUUUGAAACCACAAGUCAGUCAUCCUUUGACCCGUAUGGGUUUAAACUCAGUCCAGAACAUUCCAGUCACACCCUCCUGGAUCCUGAUGAGGCCGAACUCAGCCCAGAACCCAAUGAUAACGACCUGACCUUUGACCCCGAGCCAUCCUCUUCUCAGCCUGACCAGCUGACCUUUGAUCCCUUUGGGUUUGAGGUUCCUUCCUCUCAGACGGGGCAGGACUUUGACCCUUAUGGCUUCAAGCUCAGUCCUGAGGAGGAGAACCAGGAGGUCCUGGACCUUUGCAACCCCAGGAAGCAGCAGGAACCAAGUAACUAUAGCAACCAGGAAGUCCUGGAACCUCAUCACCAUGAAAACCAGGAAGUCUUAGACCAAUGUAGCCCCAGCAGCCAGGAGCUGCUGGACCCAGGUCAUAACAGGAACCAAGAGGUCCUGGAAACCUCUCACCUCGAUGACUGGGAGGUUGUUAGCCACAAAAACCAGGAACUCCUCGAUCUAUGUAGUCAGAGCAACCAAGAAGUAUUGAACCUACCUGAACCCUGUACCUACCUGAACCAAGUUAGCCUUGGUAACCGUGAGUUGCUGGAUUUCUCCCAUCCUGAAAAUCAGGAAGUGCUGGAUGUAGAUCACCAUGGCAACCAGGAGCUGCUGGACUUUAGCAGCAAGGGAAACCAGGAAGUACUCUACCCAGAUAGCCAUGGUCACCCGGAAGUCCCGGACCUCUGUAGCAAUGAAAAUCAGGAAGUAGUAGACCUAGGUAGCCAUGACAACCAGGAAGUGCUGGACUUGUUCAACCGGGGGGUUUUACCUGAAGCCAACAAUAACCAGAGUAUGGUGGGACCAGAAGUAGAGCCUAGUCCAUCCAAUCACAGCUCAGACAGUGAUGUGACCUCAGACGACCUGCUGGGACUGGAGCUCAGUAACGCCAACGCAGCUGUCAGGAACGUAUCCGCCAGCCAGAACUUCACUACAUCCACCACUGCUCGGAACCUCCUGGAGGGGGAUCUGGGCUCAGUGUUUGGGGCCGGGGGCUACAUUGGCUGUCCAGAUGUGGCUGAUGACCUCGAGCCUCUGGACAGAAGGCAGCCAAAGCCCAAACCAGAGCCAGCGAGACCAGUAAGACCAGUGAGGCCUCCCCGACCCUCGCUCAAGGCCAAGGAGAAGGCUCAGUCCCAGACUCAGGGCUUCGAUCUGAAGUGAAGUCUCUCCAAAUACCAAGAAGUCAGCAGCAGAACUGUGUCAGCAGGAGUCUCUUCAAAACAACAGGAACACAAGAGAAGAACCGGAGAGGAGAAGAAAAAGAAGAUGAAGAGGAGAGGCCAGGGUGCAGGGAGUAAAGGAAGAUGGUUAA